AUGCUUCGGGUGGCAUUGUCACCUCUACUAUCUCCUGCGAUCGAAACCUCGCGGCUGCUCAUCGCCAGCGUACCUUCAACAGUUAUUCUACAAACUCGAGGAAGGCGUCGCACUCUCACUCCAGCUCCAUGGUUGCCUCCUGUUUACGAACGAGUUCAUGCCGAUUAUUUGGACGAUUCCAACAGGUUAAUUGCCGCAUUUCAAACUAUUCGACAAUCUAAAUGUUUCUUUGAUUUGAGGGAGUUACUGCGAGAAGUAAAGGAAGCCGAGAAGAGCUGUGCCAAUCACUUAUCAGCCACAAGUUCUCAAAGUGAAGCCAAAAUUGCGGAAAUAGAGUUGCCCACAAGGAGAGUUGGUAAGAGCGUGCUUCGUUGUAGCCAGUCGAUAUAUGAGGUGUUAAUUGAAUCACUCGAAGGUUUGCUUGCUCGCAAGAUUGGGAUGACGCCACAAUGGACAAUUACAGGAGAUCGAGUGUUGUGCACGCUUCUCGAAAUUUGCCAGAACCACGUCAUUAGCGUGACUUCUCCAGACGAGUGGUACCGUAGAAGUAUUGUUGGCAAGCGGAAGGCAUUCAACAGAGAAGGGCCCAUGUGGAAGGUAACUGUUGGAGCUGUGGACUACGAUGCGGACAGGUUUUCUCUUGCUUAUCGGAGGCAGUUCAUCCGUGCUGGUGUCGCUACUAAAAAGUAUCUUGGCUCAUUCCUGGUUUCGGAAGAGGCAUUGCCUUCCGUAGGUACGAAGCUGGAUGCCAGGCACUUUUCCGUUGGACAAUUCGUUACUGCCACAGGAAAAUCAAUCGAUUGGGGAUUCCAGGGUGGUAUGCACAGAUGGGGCAUGAGAGGGCAACCAGCUCGACACACUACCAAAUCACAUCGCCGUAUUGGUUCGGUUGGAUCGACCGGCGAUGCGCGUAUAUGGCCAGGUAAACGGAUGCCUGGACAUAUGGGAUAUGAGUGGGUUACCGUAAGUGGUCUAGAGGUCCUUCGGAUGAACAUAGAAAAGCAAGUCAUUUAUGUCAAAGGUAGCGUUCCUGGUGACAUUGAGGAGAUUUUACUUCUGAAAGAUUGCUUACAACCAGAAAAGAAGCUCAAGAUCUUUCUCGAAAUUUUCAGACAGGACCGAUUCCUACCUGGUUGCCGUCGUUGGAAACUGCAGAGGUGGAAAGUGAAGAACACAGUGCAGUUUCUCGGUCAAAUGAAAUACUAUCCCCUAAACUGUUUAGCUGUUGUUGAGAUUCUCGUCAUGCUGACAAAGAAUGUAGCAGGGCAGGGUGCAGUUCAUACCGAUCCUUGUUCAUCUAAAACGCAAAGGAGAGCUCCUGCAGUUCUUGCUACACGUCUGCCGCAUCAUAUUCUCUCACAGAUCUUCCAGUACCUUGGUUUAUCUGAUCUGCGUAGCUGCACACUUGUUUGUCGUCAUUGGUUCAACGUUCUAAAUUUUGAGGACAGUUUGGUAUGGCGUUCUUUGGCACAAAGUAAGAUAUCGGAAUCCGCUCUAGCAGAUCCGUACUUACUCAGCGAACUUACUUCGUACAAGAAGAAACUGCGGGCCUUUUAUUUUGCAUGGAAUCCCAACGAUGCAUCCAAAAACAAUUAUGUUCGCGCAAAUGGUUUUACGGUUCAUCGCCAGCCAGUAGCUCAAAGCACUGACGGAGUCCGCGGAAAGAUAGGAGUAUCACAAGGAGUUCAUGCCUUCGAUAUAACAUGGGAAGGCCCACUUGGAACUGUAGCUGUUGUAGGGGUUGCUACAAGGCAUGCUGCUCUUCAUUGUCCUGGAUACUUGCCCUUACUCGGAAGUGAUGAUCAAAGUUGGGGGUGGAAUCUUGUCGAUAAUACUCUGAUUCAUAACGGUGAACAAUUGGGCGUUUAUCCACGCUCGAACAACCCGCCUAAAUACCAGGUUGGAGAAAGAGUCCGACUCGUGUUGGAUUGCGACCGCCAUUUUGUUUACUUCGAGCGCGCAGGAGCGGAGUUCCUUGGACUGGCUUUCAUGGAUCUGCCGCCUGUCAAGCUUUUUCCUGCAAUUUGUGCAGUGUACGGUAAUACAGAGGUCUCUAUGGUGUAUCUAGGACCUCCUAUUGCUGGUUAA